AUGUCCAUGGCUCAACUCAGCAUCGAAGACUUCAAGCGCACCCUCGCGGCAUUAGAUAACCAGAUAUUUGCGUCGCUUCCAAAUACUUUAUGCCAAGUGUGCCACCCGAUAUUCCGGCGCCUACAGGAGAUACUUGCCUCAACCGACAAGUCAGACUUUCAUCCCGGAACCCGCGACUCGGCCGACAACAUAAGACUUGUAACUAUCGAGCAUGUCUUUUCCAACUACCAUGAGUGCGACUUCUGCUCACUCAUCCUGCGUGUAAUCCUGAAGGCCAAAGAGAGACAUCUCUACAACGCCAUGAGGCCAAGGUCAUCGGUUGAGGACACGCUUAUCUCCUUGGACGCAAUCAGGGAGGCUUUAAGGUCAUUGGGAAGCACCACUGUCUCCCCAACAAGUUCAACGGCGAACUCAAUCUCAUCGAUAUUGGACGACUUCGAGAUCUUCGACCCUGAGGCCCUGAUCCUCCAGGUCUCUGUCGACGCUGUUUGCGAUUACGGCGCUUUAUCCCUCUGGCUCCCCUUGAGUGACUCUGAAGAUGUGGACGACAACGAAUUUCAAUUAUUCCUGCACCCCGAUGACUACCAAAUACUCAUGGCCGACACCCCAAACCCAGAGGCUACAUUGAUGAUACCGCAGCCACUUGACCGGGAAACACGGGACAUGGACUUGAUAAAGCGCUGUCUCGAAUACUGCCGCAAGAAUCAUGACAAGUGCAAACAUCAACAGGCACCAAACCCCGAAACAUUGCAAACCGCGCCCAGCAGGUUGAUCGAUGUGGUUGACAUGAAGUUGGUACCUACUAAACCUGGCACAAACGGCCGUGUGAACCUUGGACAAGUCGAAUACGUCGCUCUCAGUUAUGUAUGGGGAAGAGACCCGUUCUUCACCCUGCAAAGCACAAACCUCAGCACACUAUGCCAGAAAGACGCAUUCCAAAAUCCCGCCAUAACACUUCCACAGACCAUCCUGGAAGCCAUAGAGGUUACCAAGUUCUUAGGCUAUAAGUACAUCUGGAUUGACAGCCUCUGCAUCGAACAAGACUCGACUGAGGAUACAAUUACUCAGAUAGGAUCGAUGCACGUUAUCUAUGCUCAGGCUAGCCUAACCAUCGUCGCAGCCGUCGGAGACAGCGCACAACACUCUAUCCUACACAUAGACCCGGAUCGGCUAUUGAGCAAGUACCAUACUGUUGGAAGCCUGCGCUUCUGCCUUGACAGACCCGAGUUCAAAGAAGUUGUAGCAUCAUCGACAUGGGCAACACGGGGAUGGACACUUCAAGAAGUAACGUGUUCUGACCGGUUCAUCUUCUUUACACCGGAGAGGACGUACUUCAGCUGCGCCCUUGGCAACUGGAACGAAGACUUGCUUUUGGAUGAAAGCAUCCCUCCUGAGCAAUAUCAACACUACCUACGGGAUGAAGACCCGAAAGGGUUGGGUUUGGACAUGGGGCUUGGACUUGGACGGGAUACCCAAGCUUCAGCAAUUUACAUCUCCAUGGUUGAGAAGCUCUCGACAAGGAACUUCACACAUGACAAAGACAUCCUCAAGGCCUCACUGGGCAUGUACACGAUGUACAUGGUAGAUGGCCUUGGGAUGGCGGUCGCUGGACUUCCGCUGUUUUAUCUUGGAGCAGCUCUGAUGUGGCAACCAAACGGUCUACUAAGGAGGCGACGUUGUGAAGGUGUUCCGUCUUGGUCUUGGGCUUCCUGGACAGGUCCUAUUUAUUAUCCUCUUGGGCGGCUUGACGGCCUCGACAUACAGCUCACCUUGGACUGGUUUGUUGACGAGUUCAAGGGCUGUCGAUCUGGACAAUUUUCCUAUGCUGUACGAACAUCACCAAGCUAUAUCCCCUACCUCCAAGUAGACGCAAGAAUGGCCAGGGCUGCGCAAAUUGCGUUCCGAGCUCCAGCAAAGGAGCCCGACCAUCACUAUUUUGGAGAUGACCCCACAUCGGUCUUGCGUCGGCGUAUCGUCAAUCCUGGAGAUCGUUGGAUGAUGAAUCUGUCCUUAGCCGAGAAGACAGUGCUGGCAUUCGGCGGUACGAUUUGCACAUUUCCGGUGCGGUUCCGAGAACACGAAAAUGCUAUGCAAACGUCUAGUCAUGUUCACUUCUGUUCUAUUUUCUCUUCGCCUGAAGCAGCAGACAAUAUGGACAAUGCUGAGCUUAUUGGCGAAAUGAGGGUUGACUCGGGGACGCUGGAGGCAUUCUUCCCCGAAGAGUUCUCGACAUCAGCCUCCAACAUGGGCAUUGCCACAAGCGUAGAGCUGCUUUCAUUUGGCUGUCUGGACUUCUCACUUCAAAAUGUUCAGCAUGUUUUGUAUUUGAACAGAUACAGUCGGCGAGGCAACUUCUCCCCGGAGUUCCUGGCCGUGGUGGAUGCUAAUCCCGACAUGGUACUCGUCAUGUGGUUAUUCCGACAUCCCGGCUAUUCCCAUCUAGCCUCCCGGGUUGCUGUUGGAUAUGUUCUCCGGACCCGAUGGAAUCAGGCAGUGGAACAGCGUGGCCGGACUCGGGAAUGGAUUAGGCUUCAUUGA